AUGUCGUCCGUUCCUCGAAGAUCUUCUGCUCCUUCGCGACCAUUUGGCGUUCGCUAUAGAACUCCUGUACCACGUCCUUAUUAUGGAGCCAGAACUGGAGUAAGACAAGUAUCUCCUGGUACUGGUGGAAGCAGUGGUGCGUUGGCCGGUGCCCUUGGAGCACUUGGCGGUACUCUUGGUUGUCUACUUUGUUUGGCUGCUAUCGGUGCAUUAGGUUUAUUUGCAUGUGUAAUAGCUUUGGCAGCUUAUGCCAAACAAUUUCUCACUCAAUACAAAAAAGCAGAAGGUAUUAAUGGUGGACUUGUACAAGCACAAAUAGGGUUAAGUCUUCUAUUCGCAUCAUUGUUUUAUACCAUCAUUUUCCGUAUACAACGGAACUAG